AGCAAUCCUUUAAGGAUGAGUUUAAACUUGGUCCGCCCUCACCAAAAUGUGUUUAGCGCCAAAGAUUAUCAGCUGAUACAAAUACAAGAUGUCCCUGGCGAUGGCAAUGUAAAAUUAGAAAUACCCAUCGUGUAUUCAAAGGAAUUGAAUGAGGAGCCCCAGGCGAACGAAGAACUUCCGUCUCGGUACGAGGAGCAAAUCAAAAGCCAAAUGAAGCGCUUGUUAGAACUGAAACGAGAUAAUUUAUUAAAAGAAAAGCAAGUGUUGCAGAGGAAAGUUGACAAAUACCGAAGGUUCAGUAAAAACAUGAACUUACAGAAGGAGAUAAUGAUGAAGUCGGGUCAAUGGCGCAUGACUCGACUUCGCAAGGCUUGCGAGAAAGUGUUUUCAAAGACGCAAAUUGAGUUGAUGCUUGGGAGGAAAAGGAAGCACAAAUGGAGUCACGACGACCUCGCAAUAGCUUAUAACAUAAUCACGUUGGGUAAUUAUCGUUGCUUCGCGUAUGUGAAGGAAUACAUGAAAAUCCCUUUACCAUCGAGAGGUUGCCUCACCAAAUGGCUCAGUGUUAAACCCUCCGCGAAAAAGUUGGCGGUCAAUGUUAAGGAGGUGGAGAGAUAAGGUCGUUUGCGGUAUAUGCUCUUUUAAUUGUAAGAAAACAAAAACAUUCUUAAUUUAAUGUCAUUAAGCAAAUAAAGAAAGAAUCU